GGCCCCCUCCUACCUGCCGCCAUAAACCCUAAAUCCCGUAGCUGCACACCCACCCCACCCCACCCCACGCCGGCGGCGGCCGCCCGCCAUGGUGAAGGCCUACCUCCGCUACGAGCCGGCGCGCACCUUUGGCGUGAUCGCCUCGCCGGAGUCCAACGUCGCCUACGACCCUUCCGGCCGCCUCCUCCUCGCCGCCGCCCUCGACCACCUCGCCGCUUGGGACCUCAAGCGCGGCCUCCCCUCCAUCUCCUUCGCACCCUCCUCCUCCUCCCACUCCCUCGCCGUCUCCUGCAUCGCCUCCUCCCCCUCAGCUGCCGCCGCCUCCUCGUCGAUUGCGAGCGGGCACGCGAAUGGGAGCAUCAGGCUGUGGGACGCGGAGACCGGCGCUUGCGAGGCGACGCUCCAAGGCCACCGCUCUGCCGCCUCCGCCCUCCGUUUCGCGCCCUCCGGAGCUGUCCUUGCUUCCGGCAGCAAGGACUGCGAUGUAAUCCUCUGGGAUGUCGUCGCACAGGCCGGGCUCUUCCGCCUACGCGGCCACCGUGAUCAGGUCACCGAUUUGGUGUUCCUGGAUUCUGGUAAGAAGCUGGUGAGCUGCUCCAAGGACAAGUUUAUCAGGGUCUGGGACCUCGACACACAGCACUGUCUCCAAAUUGUUGGAGGCCACCGCAGCGAGAUUUGGUCAAUGGACGUGGAUCCUAGCGAGAGAUUUUUAAUGUCUGGUUCAGCCGAUCCAGAGCUGCGGGUGUUUAAAAUCCGGCAAUCAGCGGUGGAGGGCGAUGAUUGGAGCAAGUGGGAUGUGCUAAAGCUGUUUGGCGAGAUUCCGAGGCAGAGCAAGGAAAGAGUGGCAACCAUUAGGUUUAAUAACAAUGGUAGUCUUGUGGCAUGCCAGGUGGCUGGGAAGACAGCAGAUAUUUAUAGGGUUCUCGAUGAAACAGAGGCCACACGGAAGGCCAAGAGGCGGAUGCACAGGAAGAAGGAGAAAGCAUUGGCAAAAUCCAUGGUUGCGGAAGGCAAUGGCACUGUCAUAGAUCCUUUGCCAGCUCAAGACUGGCAGAAUCCUGCUGUUAUUGUCACCGAUGUAUUUAAGCUCCUUCAAGUUCUGCGGGCAAGCAAGAAAAUUUGCUCGAUUGCAUUCUCUCCAAGAAAUCCACCAGGAGGCUGCCUUGCCACCUUGUCUUUAUCUCUCAACAAUAACAUGCUUGAGACAUAUUCAGUGGAUAGUGAGAAGGUCUCAAAGAUGAACUCAAUUGAGAUGCAUGGGCACCGUUCCGACAUUAGGAGUGUCUCCCUUAACUCAGAGAACAACCUCCUGAUGUCAACUAGCCAUAACACUGUUAAGAUUUGGAAUCCUAGUACAGGGGACUGCCUUCGGACCAUUGACUCUGGAUAUGGGUUGUGCAGCGCUUUUGUCCCUGGAAAUCGGUACGCCCUUGUUGGUACAAAAAGUGGUACUCUGGAGAUUAUUGAUAUUGCUAGUGGGAGCUCAACUGAGGCCAUAGAAGCUCAUGCUGGUUCCAUACGAUCAAUUGUACCCAUUCCAGAUGAAGAUGGAACUGUCAGUGCACGGGGUUUUGUCACUGGGAGUGCUGAUCAUGAUGUCAAGUUCUGGGAAUAUCAGUUGGUUCAGAAACAUGAUACUGACUCUAAGCAGCUGACUGUAACAAACGUGAGAACCUUGAAAAUGACUGAUGAUGUUCUUGCUGUUGCAAUCAGUCCAGAAGGAAAGUAUAUUGCUGUUGCUCUCUUGGAUUGCAUGGUCAAGGUCUUCCACAUGGACACACUGAAAAUUUUUCUGGCCCUUUAUGGGCACAAACUUCCAGUCCUCUGCAUGGAUAUAUCAUCUGAUGGGACUCUAAUAGUUACUGGUUCUGCAGACAAAAAUAUGAAGAUUUGGGGUAUGGAUUUUGGGGACUGCCAUAGGUCUAUAUUUGCCCACUCAGACAGCGUGAUGGAUGUUAAGUUUGUGUAUAAAACUCAUUAUAUGUUCAGUGUGGGGAAAGAUCGCACUGUGAAGUACUGGGAUGCUGAUAAAUUUGAGUUGUUGUUAACACUUGAAGGACAUCAUGCUGAAGUUUGGUGCCUCACAAUUAGCAGUCAUGGUGAUUUUAUUGUAACAGGUUCUCAUGAUCGCUCUAUUCGCCGCUGGGAUCGUACUGAAGAACAACUGUUCAUUGAGGAAGAGAAGGAGAAAAGAUUGGAAGAAACUUUUGAGGCUGAUUUAUACAAUGAUAUUGAGCAUAGAUAUGGGCAGAAAGAUGAUGCUCCUGAUGAAGGUUCUGUUGGUGUUCCUGGUAGGAAAACAAAAGAGACAGUAACUUCUGCUGAUGCAAUUAUGGAUGCACUUGACACUGCUGAGGAAGAACUCAAACGCCUUAAUCAGCACAAGGUGGAAGAACAAAAGAAUGGGAAGGGUGCUAAGUUUCAACCUAAUGUCAUAAUGCAAGGGCAUUCAUCCUCAGAUUAUGUUCUGAAUGUAAUUUCAAACGUCCGCCCAAAUGACCUGGAACAGGCCCUCCUGUCAUUGCCAUUCUCAGACGCACUAAAGCUCAUGUCUUACUUGAAGGAGUGGUCUCUGGUUCCUUCAAAGGUUGAGCUUGUUUCUAGGGUUUGCUUAGUGCUCCUUCAGACACAUCAUAAUCAAUUAACUACUACGCCAGCUGCGAGAUCCUUGUUGACAGAACUAAAGGAUAUUCUUUACCGUAGAGUAAAGGAAUGUAAAGAUAUUAUAGGUUUCAACCUUGCCGCAAUGGAUCAUUUGAAAGACUUGUUGGCCAUGAGAUCAGAUGCGCCUUUUCGUGAUGCGAAGGCAAAACUCAGGGAGAUCAGGCAGGAGCAGUCAAAGCGGUCAGAUAGGUCCGAUGGGAAUGAGAGAAGGAAAAAGAAGAUAAAGAAAGCGUCCGGAGAAAGUUGAGCUUUAGGCAAGUGCAAAGCAAAUAGUUGUUUUGUUUUGCUCUAGUUUUGUAAGCUAUACACUGUUGUAACGUGCUCAUUUCCUUCGUACACGAGCGUGACAGAUUUUUUUCUAGUGAGUGUAAUCAGAAAGUGCAUCUA